GUCAUCCCUGACAAGCAAUCGAUUACGUUUUGCAAUCGGAUCAGCCCUGGAGCGGUUAUCGUUAUUGCUGUCAGCGCAUUUAUCUUAAAUCAUUCGAAUUGUGGAAGUCUGAAAAAUAAUUUAAGGAACUUGAACUGCUUAGUCAUGCAGCCCGAACCCAAUACCAAUCCCAGUUCCAACACCAACAAGGUGGACGCCGAGGACAGCCUAGAUCUGGCUUCCAACAGCAUUAUACAUAUGGACGAGACCAUCUACAAUAUGAUGAUUGAUAUGGAGAGGGAAUCAAUAGAGACACUGGCGUCGGCAGCGGCGCUCAAUACGCGCAUCGGGGAACUGUUGCAGGUGUACCAGGAGGCAAUGGCCGAGGAGAAGGCGCUGCGCGCUGAGCUGCGCUUUAUAGGGAAUCUGCAGAAUCAGGCGGAUUUGGAAGAUUUUCAAUAAUGUCAAUAAUGUACCGGAGACGUGAUGUUCAUUUUGAUUUGUUUUAUAAAUACAUAUGUAAAAUAUAGGUAUCACAAAUAUAGGCGCUCAAUACGCGCAUCGGGGAAC